AUGGCGGCCUAUGCGGAGUAUCACUAUCCAAUCACCCACCAAAAGAUCAAGGAUACAUUGUCAAUUUGCAAAGCCAUCCAAACGGCCCAGAUGACUCCGAAAAAGUUCUUACAUGUUUUCUUACAUGCGAAAUCCCUCAAGACUUAUCCGGUCAAGAUGCAACAGAAUUGUUCCAAAGUGGCAACUUUGCGAAAAGUAUGGGGUAAGCGAAAAGGAUGGCCUUCAACACUAGCGAUCUUGCGUGGCAUACGUGGGCUCGCGUGCAAAUCUCGCGACGGGUUAGACCUUUGGUCCAGUUUUAUCUUAGAUGAGGCAAGUGACCUCCUCAAGAUCGACACCUCUCGUCGAAAUCUAGCGAAGCUCGGUUAUGUGAAUACAAAGAAGAUUAGUCAUCAUUUCUUUGGCCCGGUGGCCUCCGCCGAAAGAGCAAAAAAUGUGGCUUCAACUAUGCCCUUUCUAUACAACCUUCUAUUGCGCCGAUUGGAGGCCAAUUGCGUAGAUGAUCAAAUCACAAACUCCAGUUCAUGUUCUCAGCGUUCAAUCUCAAGCGCUUCGAUUUCCUCUCUUUCCCCGACUUCAGAAAAGGAUGAGCAUGAAGACGAUAUUCAAAGUGAUGAUGGGGAUUCGGACUGGGUGGACCAAUCAUUUGCUCUUGAUGAUACGGCCCACGACGCCCACGAUAAUCCACCGUCUUCCUCAAGUAAUUCAUCAGAUGACAAUCUACAGCACAGUCUUGAAAGAAAAGACUAUUCGGAUAGCUCAGAUGAUAGAUCACCCUCGGAUUCAGAUGGUUCCGAAGCCGAGCCCGUCAAGGAAGCUGAAAAGAUCCUCUACAAUGACGGUGCUCGUCGUUGGUCAAGAUGGUCUCAUGAAAGGGUGACUUCGGUAAGAACAAAUUUUAUGAUUUGUUGUAUGUGGCGGUGGCUUACACAUAUGUCAUUACCAGGCGGCGAGAACCUUAUGCUUGAUGUUCGCCAACAUGUGUAA